AUUCGCUCCCAUUGAGCCUAAAAAUUCCCUGAUUUAAUUGAAGACAGAGCAACAGGUCUUGCCCGCAUUCAAUAUCGUUUGGUACCAGGCACCAAACCUUGACACAUUUCCCAAACUACCCUGACCUGCUAUUGAUUCAAUCUGCUCAGUUCAUGAAGAUGUAAAAUAACAUGGGAGCAUGUAACUGCAAAGUAAAAUACAGAUGCAGGAAAAAAAAGAGCAAUGAGCAAGUAGGAUCAACCCUAGAUAGAGUGAUCAGUCAAUCGUCCAAUGAAGACCAGUGCUUGUUAUACAAAUUAGCUAAUUACAAAAAGGGUGGUGAACUCAUAGACGCCUAUAAUAUUGGAGGUUUGGUAGAGGUUGAAAAAUUGAUACGCGAUCAGUUUGGCCAGUUGAUGUAUCAAGAUGGAAAGGGGCAGAUUAUCAACAGAUCCGAAUAUCUGAGAUGGAAAUUCAGAGAUUACGAUCAAGUCACCUUGCCAAUCGAAGCGUCUUUGAGUCGUUUCGAUCCUUUAGGUAAAUGGAAUGACCAUGAUGCCUGCUGGCAAAUGCAAUACAGGGGAUCUCUAGGUGAAACUUUAUUGCAUGUUCUGAUCAUUUGCGACACUAAAAUUCACACCAGACUUGCGAGAACUCUGAUUAGGUGUUUUCCUAAACUAGCUGUUGAUGUGGUGGAAGGGGAAGAGUAUUUAGGUGCUAGUGCACUCCAUCUGGCUAUAGCUUACAGCAAUAACGAGUUGGUACAAGAUUUGGUGGAGGCUGGUGCCAAUGUGAAUCAGAGAGCUAUAGGUAGUUUUUUCCUACCUAGGGACCAGCAGAAAUCUAAACCUGCCAAAAACACAGAGUAUGAAGGCCUAGCCUAUCUUGGAGAGUACCCUUUAGCCUGGGCAGCUUGCUGUGCCAACGAAAGUGUAUAUAAUCUUCUUUUGGAUAAUGGUGCUAACCCUGACUUACAAGACAACUUUGGAAACAUGAUUUUGCACAUGGUGGUGGUGUGUGAUAAGUUGGAUAUGUUUGGAUAUGCACUACGACACCCUAAGCUACCUGCUAGUAAUGGCAUUGUUAAUAUUGCAGGAUUGACACCAUUGACUUUGGCCUGUAAACUAGGUCGAGCAGAAGUGUUUAGGGAAAUGUUAGAACUGAGUGCUAAGGAAUUUUGGAGGUACAGUAAUAUUACUUGCUCAGCCUACACAUUGAAUGCUUUAGAUACCCUACUUCCUGAUGGCUCUACAAAUUGGAAUUCUGCACUUUUCAUUAUUCUGAAUGGAACAAAGGAGGAGCAUUUAGAUAUGUUGGAUGGUGGCAUAAUACAAAGAUUGUUAGAGGAAAAAUGGAAGACAUUUGCUAGAAACCAGUUCUUGAAAAGAUUACUUAUUCUCAUUCUCCAUCUAGUACUAUUAUCGUUGGCGGUUUAUUUAAGACCUGAAGAUCCUGAUGAACCUUUAUUGGUUUGGAGCGAUGAACCCCAAAUAAUCUCAAGAUACGUCUGUGAAGUGGGUACAAUUCUGGGCGUGUUGAGCUAUGUAAUUUUACAGCAGGGUGACGAGAUUAGAAAUCAAGGAUUCUGGACAUUCUUGAAACAACAAUCGAAUUCCCCUCCGAAAAUAAUAUUUUUGAUAUCGAAUCUUGCAAUUUUGGCAUGCAUUCCACUGCGAAUAUAUGGGGAUAAAAACACGGAAGAAGCAAUACUUGGUUUUGCUGUACCAGGAUCAUGGUUCUUGCUCAUGUUUUUUGCUGGUGCAGUUCGUUUAACUGGACCCUUCGUUACCAUGAUUUACAGUAUGAUCACUGGAGACAUGUUAACAUUUGGAAUUAUUUACAGCAUCGUUUUAUUUGGAUUUUCUCAAUCGUUCUAUUUUUUGUACAAGGGUUUUCCAGGUGUGAAAUCCACUCUUUAUGAGACGUAUGCCACGACAUGGAUGGCUCUUUUUCAAAUAACACUGGGAAAUUAUGAUUAUCAAGAGUUGUCAUUAACAACAUAUCCAGGCAUAAGCAAAACCGUAUUUGCUUUAUUCAUGGUAUUUGUCCCUAUUUUACUCCUAAACAUGUUGAUUGCAAUGAUGGGAAACACAUACGCCCAUGUCAUUGAACAAAGUGAAAAAGAAUGGAUGAAACAAUGGGCCAAAAUAGUGAUAGCUUUGGAAAGAGCUAUACCACAAGCAGACGCCCACCAUUAUUUACAAGAGUACAGCAUCUCCUUAGGGCCCAGCGAAAUACCAGGUACUGAACAAAGGGGUGUAAUGGUAAUAAAAUCAAAGAGUAAAACCAGGGCAAAACAGAGAAAAGGCGCUGUGGCGAAUUGGAAGAGGGUUGGCAAGGUGACAAUCAAUGCUCUGAAGAAAAAGGGACUAACAGGAGAGGAAAUGCGGAAUCUGAUGUGGGGUAGGGAAUCCAUAAACACACCGAUCAAAUUGAAAAACACUAAGCAGGCAGUUAAAACUAAUCGCGCUGCUAAUUUUGGAGCUUUUGGGGAAGCUUUGUCGUCAGCUUUAGAUGUGAUGGCAUUCACAAAUGAUUUGAAUAUUGAUGGAGGGACAGAGCCAAAUAUCGUCCAGGCUUUGACCAUUCAAAAUGAACAACAGACGAAGAGUAACAGGAUUAAUGUGGAUAAUUCAUUGCAGUCAACAGGUGCAACGAUUUUGCAAACCCUUGAUCCACCACAAGAUUUCAAACUAACCCCAGAACACUUUGAAAAAAGUAAACUUCAAGGAAUUCCCGAAAUAAAAUACAAUCAGCCAAUUCUACCUGAUAAAGACAACGACCCCCUCAGACUACUAGUGAUAUAUUCAGAAGAUUCAAAGUGUGAUCCUGAAAUACUCAAGCAGUUGGCAUUCGCAGCAGCAAACUUAAAAGAUAUCGAAAAGGUGUCUGCAAAGCGUGAAGCAGGUGUUAAAGUAUUAGCAGGAAUUUUUGCGGGAACGGAGGAAUUUGUCAAGAAAGUGGAGCAAACAAUGAAAAAGACAUAUUCUAUUCUUGACCCAAGCGACAGUGAUGGUAUCGGAGGAACAAAAAUCCUCGGACAAAUAUCCAGAAAUAGAAGAGCUAAAUCAUCGACGAAGAGGCUUUCAGCCAAAUUGAAAGAAGACAAACAGAAAUUAGUAACCAGCUCCGAUUCAAGUUCAGUUGACACAUUGAAUAUAGAAGAUAGCAAAGUUUUGGAUUCUGACUACGUUGAACAAAAAAUCGAUGAUAUUGAUGAAUCUAGACCACUGUCCCCAGAAGCAGCACUAUGUGAAGAACCAAUGUCUCCAGUAAUCUGCCAAACAGGACUAAUCCAGGAAUUAGGUGAAGGGCAUCCGUCACAAUCAGGAAAUGUGACACUAACAAAGAAGAAAAGACCAAAAACCGGAGUCAAACAUAACAAAGUCACUCCUGUAGAUAAGAGGACCCCAAAAUCUGCUUGCGAUAAGUUGAAUUCAGACAGAUCUGAAUCUCCAGAUCCACUAGAACCAUGGAGCACAAGAAAAAUCGCUAAUAUGAAUAAGAUAUUAGCUUGGGAGGAUGACCAUGAUAGCAUGUAGCUUUAAAAUUUAAUUUUGUUUGAAAGCUAAAUUUUUUUACUGUAUGAUUAUAAUUUUUCAAUAUCA